AUGGUGGUUGCAGCAGCCCUGGUAGGACUCCAGGUGGAGGUCAACUGUCCCAUCUGCCUGGAUGACCUGAGAGACCCCGUCACCAUCGAAUGUGGGCACAACUUCUGCUGUUCCUGCAUCCAGCAGUACUGGGCCGACCUAUGGGAUAGGUUCCCUUGCCCCAUGUGCCGUCACCCAUGCCAAGAGAGGCACCCGAGGAGCAACACCCAGCUGGGAAGGAUGGUCGACAUCACCAGGCUCCUCCAGAUCACCAGGAGCCAGAGGAAGAGGCGGGAAGACAGGCGCCUGUUUGAGAAGCACAACCGGGUCCUGACCCUCUUCUGUGAAGAGGACUUGGAGGUGCUGUGUCCCCUGUGUACUCAGCCCCCUGACCACCAGGGCCACCAGGUGAGACCCACCGAGGAAGCUGCCUCCCAUCACAGGCAAAGGUUCAGCGGUUACCUGGAGGCCCUGAGCAUGCAGGUGCAUACAUGUAGAAAUUAAUAAGUACUGAGAGCAAAAAAACUCUUAGAACUGAGAGAGAUGGUAGAAAAACAAAGGCAGGACUCAUUCUCUGAAUUUGAGCAUCUGAAGCAGUUUUUAGAAUGUGAUCAGCUAGUUCUCUCAAGGUUAGCUGCUGAAGAAAAGACUAUUCAAAAGAAACUCAGUGCUAAUAUAAGCACAUUUUCAGACUACAAUGCCACACUCAAAGGCCUACUAAGUAACGCAGUCGAGCCCAGUGUGCCUGUGGAACUGCUCUCACAAACUAAAAAUUCCUACAAGGACUCUGAAGGGUUUAGCCCAUCCAUCUUUUCAGUUCCGCUAAGGAGAGAAGGCUGCAGUUUUCCUUCCCAGUAUUCAGCUUUGCGGAAAAUUAAAAAGAAAUUUAGAACAGAUAUAAUUCUGGACCCUGAAACAGCGCACCCGAACUCGAUUGUCUCUGCGGAUAAGAAAUGUGUGAGGUUUACAAAGAGAAAACAAAACGUUCCUGAUUUUCUAAAAAGAUUUACAGUCAACACAGUUGUCCUGCGUUUUCCAUAUUUUCAUUCUGGCAGGCAUUUCUGGGAGGUAGAAGUGGGAGACAAAUCCAAAUGGGCUAUCGGGGUUUGCAAAGACUCUCUUUCCACCAAGGUGAGGAGAAGCCCAUCAGCCUGGCAGGGAAGCUGGAGGAUUCGGCGGCAGGAAGACAGUUAUGAUGCCCCAAGGGCUGGUACAACCCCUCUACUGUCAGAAGUGAAACCCACACGCGUUGGCAUUUUUCUGGACUAUGAGAUGAGUGAGAUCUCAUUUUAUAAUGUGACCAACAAAUCUAUCUAUACUUUCACGGACACGUUUAAUAGGCCUCGCAGACGUUAUUUCCAUGUGGGACCUGAUUCACAACCUCUCAGGAUCUGUACAGGAACAGACUAUUAA